CUGUCAGUGUCGUACAAUUUGCAGACUCACCAUGGCGUUGAAAGAGACCGCAGCGCUGUAUGAGAUGCUAAAAUCAGAGUGGAAUAAAAAGAAUCCGAACCUGAACAAAUGUGGAGAACUUCUCAGUAAGCUGAAGAUUACAUUAUUGGAGCUGAACUUUCUGCCCACCAGUGGACCUGCUCUCACUAAACAGCAGCUCAUUUUAGCCCGUGAUGUUCUUGAAAUCGGAGCAUUGUGGAGCAUCCUUAAGAAGGACAUCCCAUCUUUUGAGAGAUACAUGGCUCAACUAAAAUGUUACUACUUUGAUUACAAGGAAGAACUUCCUGAAGCUGCCUAUAUGCACCAGCUGCUCGGACUGAACCUGCUCUUCCUACUCUCACAGAAUCGUCUGUCUGAGUUCCACACAGAACUCGAGAGACUGAGCGCGCGAGACAUUCAGACCAACGUAUACAUCCGACAUCCAGUUUCCUUAGAGCAGUACUUGAUGGAGGGAAGCUACAACAAGGUAUUUCUUGCAAAAGGCAACAUUCCUGCUGAGAGCUACACCUUUUUUAUAGACAUCCUGCUUGAUACCAUUCGGGAUGAGAUUGCUGGCUGCAUAGAGAAAGCGUACGAGCAGAUCCAGUUCACAGAGGCGACCCGGGUGCUUUUUUUCAACUCCCCCAAAAAGAUGACAGAGUAUGCCAAAAAGAGAGGCUGGACUCAGACUCCAGAUGGCUGUUACUCUUUUACCAGUCAGCAGCAGCGGACGGAAGAAGUGACCAUCCCCUCCACGGAGCUGGCACAGCAGGUCAUCGAAUACGCACGACAGCUGGAAAUGAUUGUGUAAUCCGCCCCCGUGAACACUCAGCCGUGUACAGACACACUCAGACAAACAGCGCUGAUCCAGGAAAUCAAGUCGGCUCCAAACUGCGGUUUUGAUAAGGGAUGUGACUUCACUUUUUUGCCAAAGUGAUUUAUUUGUUUCCCAAUCUUGAAAAAAAAACGUUUUCUCAUAUGUAUAUUAUUUCAGAUCUUUCUGCCUGGUUUGUAUUUUCUAUUUAGAAUAUGCAAAACCAAAAUGAAAGACUUCAUUUUUGGGAGGCCUCUGUGCUUCUAUAAUUUUUCUGUCCACUUCAAAAAUUUCUUCUAAGUUAAAGCCAUGACAUUUAUUUCCAAAUUAAACUUUUUUAAACUAAAGUUUUAUUUUCAGAAUUUAGAAAACUAUUCACAUCCAUUCACAACUCAGUUUCCACGGAAACCUGGUUUGAUUUUCUUUGUAGUAACACCACCUUUAUUUUUUCUUAGAUGGUCUGCUAUUUACUUGAUUCUAUAUUCCAGUUCUUUCUGUAAUAAAGGAUUCACAAAACAAAUGA